UGAUGUGAGACGUGGUGGAAGAGUGGGAGGAAGAUGGAGAGCUCGGGAUCGGGAUCAGAAGUGCAUCGAAGUAACGGUGCGUCGAGGAGGUAUGGGAUGCAGCUGAGUUCGGCGAACUUCUUGCCGGGUCCUGUGUCGGCGUUGCUGGAGUUGACGGGGCUGCUGCGCGGGCGAGGCAAUGCAUCGGAGGGCGAGCAAGCGGGCGGUGCAUCGGGUGGUUCAGCGGGGCGAAGCUCGGAGGGUGGGAGAGGGGGCGACGGAGGCGCGGAGGUAUCGAUCAGGAUAUUUGGGGUGGGGGAGUCGGAGCCGGUGCAGGUGUCGAGUGGUCCAGGAGUCGCGAGUGCGAGGAACGGGACAGGGUCGAGCAGCCCGCAGUCGGUGGGCGGUGUUGUUCCGAUGCGGAUAGCGGGCAACGAGAGCAGCGGGAGCAUAGGUGGGAGCACAGGUGGGAGUGUAGGUGGGAGCAUAGGACAUGCAUCAGGCGGAGAGGAGAGAGGGGAGGGUUUGGACAACGAGGCGGGUGGGAAUGGGAGAGAAGGCGGGUCGCAAAGGUACGAUUUUCAGCAGCUGGCGCGGUGGAUCGAGCAGGUGUUGCCAUUCACGAUACUGCUGUUGAUGGUGUUCAUUCGACAGCAUUUGCAAGGGUUUUUUGUGGUGUUCUGGAUUACGGCUGUGAUGUUCAAGGCAAACGACGUGCUGCGGAAGCAGACAGCGUUGAAGAACGAGCGGAAGCCUGGCGUGCUGGUGGCCGUGGGAUGGGGACUGGUGGUGCACGUAAUCGGGGUGUAUUGGUGGUAUAGGGCGGGGGGAAACGUUCGCUUGCCGGUGGGGGGGAAUGAUGGACCGGCAGGAAAUUUGGAGAGGGUACUGAGGGUGGUAUGGUUUAUCUGGAACAAGAGUUAUGGGAACCUAUUCUCAUCGCUGACGACGGGGUUGUGCUUGACGUUCAAGCUGACAUCGAGUCUGGAGAAGGUGCAAACAUUUUUGGCAGCACUACGAGCAUUGUCACGGCGGGAAGUACAGUACGGAGCUUACGCGACGAGCGAGGAGGUGCUUGCAGCUGGAGACAUGUGUGCGAUAUGUCAAGAGAAGAUGCAUGCUCCGAUAUCGCUGCGGUGCAAGCACAUCUUCUGCGAGGAUUGUGUGUCGGAAUGGUUCGAGAGGGAGCGAACGUGUCCGUUGUGCCGGGCCGUAGUGAAACCGGUAGGUCUGCGGUCGUAUGGGGACGGAUCGACGAGCCUGUUCAUCCAGUUGUUUUAGAGGGCGUUGUGGAGGGAAACGACGGAAAACGUGUGCAGGAGCGAGUGCAGCCAAGGUAGGUGCGAUGGGGAGCACGGCCAUGGCGAGGCUGAGACGUUGGAGAGGCGGCUGAUAUUGCGCUGCAGUGGAGGCAUUGAGUGGCUAGGGAGGGUGCCUAAGGAGUGGAGCGCUAUGAAGAGAACAGCUGCAUGGAGGAGAGGGUUAGGAGGGUGGGGGUGACGGGACGGGGAGGGGAUGCCGGGGCGAGUCGCCACAGAGAAGGUCGCGGGUGUGAUGGUGUGGCGACUCGUUGAACGUGAGUGACGAGUACGUCGCAGUGCGGGAAUGGGUGGAUGAGGGCCGUGCAUGGGAACACGGGUGGGUGGAAACGAGUAUGGUUCUUUGACGGGAUGAGGAUGCGAUGUGCGUUGGACGGGGCGGGGAGGGAACACGGCUGCAAAUGUUUGGGAAGGGUGGUAUGAGAGGCGCAGGAUGGUGGAGAGACGCAGCGGUGUUUGUGUUUGCGACGAUGUUGGGUGUUGCACAGAAGGAGAGGUCGACGGAGGUUUUCGGGAUGUGGGGUGGCGGUGUGGUUUGGUUGUGGAGCCGGACGGUCGGCCCGGUGGGAGUGGUGGAAGCGGAGGGGGGGAAGUGGCGAGGUCGCGAGCAGUGAAAGAGGUGCGGGGGGAAGUGGAGAAGUGGAACGGUAGGUGCACACAGGUGGCGAUUGCAAAUGCAUGUUGGUACUCCGGGUGGGGAGUAGGGCGUGCGAAGAAAGUGGUGGAGAGGAAGGUGGGUGAAGUACAGAGUAAUGGGUAAUGAACUGCGUGGCGUAUGGCACGCAGCGUGGAGGAUGAGAGUGCGGUGGUGGGGGUUGUGGAGGAGCUGGUGUUGCUGGUGGAGGCGGUGGGAAAGAUGAGAUGUCGGAGGAGGUGUUUGGUGCGGGAGUUUGAAUGGAGGUGAGAAGAAGGUGAUUCUGAUUAUAGUUCAGAGGGCGUGAAGAGUCAGGAGGAGCAUAGAAAAAGCAUGGUGUGAAGUCACAUCGCCGAGAUUGGAAGCACAGUGGAUGGAAGUGGGGAGAAAGAGAUGGGGGUUUGUGGAACCUGAUGCAAGGUCAUGUGGUGAGGAGAGUGCAACGUCCAUCGGAAGCGAGGCCUGGGACUGGUGACGAACAUGAAUGUGAGGUUGGAUCGGCGGAGUGGCGGCUUGGUAGACUUGGGAGUGCUAGAAUGAUGGAGAAUAUUGUGUACCGUGGUGGAAGAUUGGGAGAGAAGAAUGGCAUAGACAGAAAGAGGUGGUUGGAAGAGAGAGGGGGGUUGUGCAAGGGACCCUCACGGGAAUAGGUCUACAGAGUUGGAAGUGAACAUAGAAGAAGGAGCAGUGAUGAAGGUCCGAGAUGCGCUUGAAGGAGAUUCAUUGGAAGACGGUGUAUUUGUACAACGUCUUAAUUGGAUUUUUGAGAUGAAAUAAGCUCUGUUGAGAUCA